AUCCUGCUGAUCUCGCUUAACUUGUCAAGCAAUACUUAAAACAAACUAGUCCCAAGUUACUAGUCCUUGCACCGCUACCUUCAGUUUUACAUCUUUUGAUCAAGAUGGCGAGAGAUUCAUCCCUCUACAUUAUACUAGUCUCUAUCUCCAUUUUAGCAUGGCUAUCGGCUUGUGAUGGCAAUAUCCCCGCUAGGAAUUGCUCAGAGUCUGAUAAAGAAGCUCUAAUUGACUUCAAAAAUGGCCUUCAAGAUCCUCAUUAUCUCCUGUCCUCAUGGCAAGGAAACGAUUGUUGCCGGUGGCAAGGAAUAGGCUGCGAUGAGAGGACCGGAGGGAUAACAAGCAUUGAUCUUCACGGCGACUCUGGUACGUACGAUGGUAGGCUGAGUGGAGAAAUUAGACCUUCAUUAGCGCGACUCAAGUCUUUGAGAUUCUUGGACUUGAGCUCAAAUAACUUUGAUGGUGUACCAAUUCCUGAAUUUAUUGGUUCUCUAGAGAAUCUGCGGUAUCUGAACUUGUCAAUUGCCGGAUUUCAUGGUGCAAUUCCUCCAAGUCUAGGAAAUUUGUCAAACUUGCAGUAUCUUGGUCUUUCUUCUGAAUUUUCUACCUCAAAGGCUAACAAUCUUGGGUGGAUAUUUGGUCUUGGUUCUCUAAAAUAUCUUGCGCUUGAUGGAGUGGACCUUUCAAUGGUCAAUUCCAUGUGGAUCAGUGUGCUAAAUGGGUUUCCGUCGUUGUCCAUGUUGCAUCUGUCCAAUUGUCACCUAUCUGGUCUGAUAUCAUCACCUGGUUUGGUGAACUUCACUUCACUCGCUGUUCUGGACCUCAGCUCCAACAAUUUCAAUUCAGAGUUCCCUCAAUGGCUUCUGAAUGUAAGCAGCCUUGUUAGUGUUGACAUGAGUAACAAUGGUCUAUAUGGAAGGAUCCCUCUUGGUCUAGGCGAGCUACCACGUUUGCAAAUCCUAAUUUUAUCUGGAAACCAUAAUCUCUCGGCCAGUUGCACUCAGUUGUUCCAAGGAUCAUGGAAAAGGAUAGAAGUUAUGGAUUUGGCUUCUAACAAAAUACACGGACGACUUCCCACUUCCAUUGGGAAAAUGACCACUCUUAUUAACUUUGACCUUUCUUGGAAUUUGGUUGGGGGAGGAAUACCGAGCGCCAUCGGUUCACUUUGUAGUUUAGUUAAAUUCGAUUUAUCCAGCAAUAACUUGACAGGUACUUUGCCAGAAAUCUUGCAAAGGGGAUCCGAAACUUGUGAUUCCCUGAGUUCUCUGCCCAAUUUGAGGUACUUGACAUUGACCGGCAAUCGGCUAAGGGGUUAUCUGCCAAGUUGGGUGGGCCAACUUAAACACCUUGAGGAACUUACCCUUGACUAUAAUUUUCUUGAAGGGCCGAUUCCUUCUUCUCUUGGGACUUUGAAGAACCUCACCGUUCUAAAACUUGGUGGGAACCAAUUGAAUGGGACUCUUCCCCUUGAUCUGGGACAGCUUUCUGAGUUGGAUGUUCUCGACGUGUCUUUCAAUCAUUUAUCAGGUACACUAUCUGAAGAACAUUUUGCAAAUCUACGCAAAAUGAAGACCUUAGAUCUCCAAUCCAACUCUUUCACUUUAAAUGUCAGUGUUGACUGGAUGCCUCCAUUCCAAGUCUGGGAGCUUGGCAUGGGAUCGUGCCAAAUCGGUCCGUCUUUUCCCGCCUGGCUUAGACAUGAAAAUGAGAUCACCUAUCUUGAUUUUUCAAAUGCCAGCAUUUCGGGGCCUGUGCCAAACUGGUUUUGGGACAUUUCUUCGAAUUUCUCUGUCCUCAACAUGUCUCUAAAUCUGUUGCAAGGCCAAUUACCUAAUCCAUUGCCAGUAGGUUUUUUUGCACGUGUUGAUCUCAGCUCUAACCUUUUUCAGGGACCGCUCCCUCGUCCCAUUUCUGAGAUUCAAUUGUUAGACCUCUCUAAGAACCAAUUUUCAGGUGGCAUUCCGCAAAGUUUAAGCAAAUACAUGCCGAAUUUGAUCUUCCUCUCCCUUUCAUCCAACAAAAUGACUGGUGGGCUCCCAGAAUCUAUAGGAAAAAUGCUAUGGCUUCAGGUCAUUGACUUAGCAAACAACAAUUUGAGUGGACGCAUUCCUCCAAGCAUAGGGAACUGCUUAUUCCUACAAGUACUCGACCUGCAAAACAAUUCUUUAUCUGGGUUGAUACCCGCAUCUUUGGGCCAAUUACAAUUGCUUCAGUCUCUGCACCUUAGCAAUAAUAAGCUCUCAGGAGACCUUCCAUCUUCAUUCAAGAGUCUGUCCAGCUUAGAAAUGCUAGAUAUUGGCAACAACCAAUUGAACGGCACCAUACCUCGAUGGAUGGCCGAGGGUUUCAUCAAGUUAAGAAUUUUAAGUUUGAGGUCCAAUGCACUUUCUGGAGAAAUUCCUCAUGAGCUCUCAAGUUUAAGCUCAUUGCAAGUGCUAGAUCUUGCAGAAAACAAUUUGACAGGUAAAAUUCCUUCAAGCUUUGGAGAUUUUAAAGAAAUGGUGGAAGGGCAAGCUAGAAUCAAGUACCUAUUUUACGGGAGGAUGUUCGCAGACAAUUACUAUGAAGAGAACUUCCCAGUGACCACGAAAAGCCAGCGCCAAUCGUACACCAAGACUCUUUCCCUUGUCACUUGCAUAGACAUCUCUGGGAAUAGUUUAGAUGGAGAAUUUCCAGAAGAAAUGGCAAAGCUGGGUGGAUUGCUCAUUCUAAACUUAUCAAGGAACAGCAUUGGUGGUCAGAUUCCUAAAGGCAUUUCAGGCAUGAGCCAACUGUUAUCCCUUGAUCUUUCAAGCAACAAGCUUUCUGGUGCAAUCCCUCAAAGUAUGUCGUCGCUGUCGUUUUUGAGUUAUUUAAACUUAUCCGAUAAUAAUUUCUUGGGCAAGAUUCCUUACACACAACAGAUGACGACAUUCGACCCUUCCUCGUACUAUGGAAACCCAGGUCUUUGUGGUGCUCCCCUUAAUGUGACAUGUCCAGCUGAUGAACCGGACAAACCAGGGACAACUGAGGAUGGUGGUGGUGUCGAUGAGUUCAUCGAUCAAUGGUUUUACUUAAGUGUCGGCCUUGGAUAUGCUGCCGGUAUCUUAGUUCCAGCCGUGGUCUUGCACAUCAAAAGUUCUUGGGCAGAUGCAUACUUUGAUUUUAUAGAUAGAAUUGUCCGAAGGUGGUUGCCGAUAGGAAACAAGAGGGCGAAGCUUCAGAGAAAUAGGCGACGAGGGUGGAGGUAACUGGCUUUCAAUCCUUGUGCUGGAAAACACGAACCCUUGAUCAGGUCAAGCAUCCACUUUAAGGGUCAUGCCAAGAAAUAAUGAACUCGAUCACUUGCUGCAUUACUAUAUUUUUUGUAGUUGUCUAUACAAUUGCAUCCGAAGCAAUGAAGGUGUGUAU